AGUUGAAAGGAUGUGCCUAGAUUCGAUGUGCGGACAGAUCCUAACCUAAAUAAAUCCUGCCAUAAUUAUUAAUAUCUAUAAUAUUAGUAAUACCCAUCGGUUGACUCGACACAGAUUUAAUUUAUUGGGCCCGAAGACGGUCAACGCCGGCGAUGAAGAGAGCCGCGGUGCUUUACCACUAUCCUUGCCCGGACGGCGCUUUCGCCGCCUUGGCCGCCCACCUCUUUUUCUCCCGCUCUUCCAUUCACCAACCCCUCUUCUUCCCCAACACUGUCUACUCUCCUGUCAGGCCAGAGGAUCUACCCUUCAAUGAAAUUGGCGACGUUUACCUUCUGGAUUUCGUGGGUCCGCCAGGUUUUCUUCAGCAGCUCUCUCCUAGGGUCGACAGGAUUGUGGUCCUAGAUCAUCACAAAACGGCUCUUGAGAUGCUGGGUUCAGGCAAUUCAAUCAGUGGAAAUGUUACAAAAGUUAUAGAUAUAGAUAGAAGUGGAGCCACUAUUGCAUAUGAUUAUUUCAGAGAUAAACUGUUGGGUGGGGACACCAGCACUGGUAAGGAUGCUGCCAUUGGUGAGUUUGAGAAAGUGAGGAGAUUAUAUGAAUAUAUCGAGGAUGCAGACUUGUGGAAGUGGAGGCUAUCAAAUAGUAAAGCAUUUAGCAGUGGAUUGAAGGAUCUGAACCUUGAAUUUGAUGUCACAUCAAAUCCCCUCUUGUUCCAACAGCUGUUGUCAUUAGAUCUUGACUCGGUAAUACGUCAAGGAAUUUCAAGCUUGGAGCAUAAAGAGAGAAUUGUAGAUGAAGUUCUUCAGCAGUCAUAUGAAAUUGCGCUAGGUGAUGGGGCUUUUGGACAUUGCCUGGCUGUCAAUGCCGAUUCAGUGCAUGAGUUAAGGAGUGACAUUGGAAAUCAGUUAGCUAUUAAGAGCAUCAAAACGAGCUUGAGGGGCAUUGGAGCUGUUGUGUACAAAAUACCUGAGCUUCAAAACGACCAGCUGUUAAAGGUUAGCCUGAGGAGCACAGGUGAUGAGGACACGACACCCAUAUCUCAGAAAUACGGAGGUGGAGGGCAUAAGAAUGCCAGCUCUUUCAUCAUAAACUCUGAUGAAUUUCAUCGGUGGAAGGUUGCUAACUCAAUCUAGGUGCAGCCUCUACAUUACAUGACACACUCAUUACUGGAAAUCAAGACAAAGCUCUUGGCCCAAGUAUCAGCCAAGGGAAGGAGGUUGAGGUGGAGGGGUCCAUAAUUUGCCAAACUAUCUGAUGCACCUCGAUUGACUGUGCACUGUACGACCGAUGAAUGAUGUUGCAUGCAGUCGAAAGAAUGUUUAGUACCAUCAUGUUUGUGUUGUGUGAUUCAUUUCAAGACUCAUUAUUGCUCAUAGUAUUUAGUGUCUUUUCGAACACACCAGGUGCUUGUCUGGAUAUGGGGACAAUAUAUAUUCAAUUUA